AUGGUGAUCAAAUUAACCUCACAAAUCACACGGCCGGCCGUCCAGAAGGAAGAUGCUUUCGCGAGCAUCCUGGGCCACAUAGGAGCGUGGCAGAUACUGGUCUGCUCGACGGUUUCCCUGGUGAAACUCUCCUCCGGCUGGGUGCAGAUGGCGGUGCUGUUCCUGACGCCGAAGCUGACCUUCCGGUGCGGCGAGUUCUCCAACUCCUCGGCGAUCGGCGAAAACUCCACUUGCUACAGCGGCUGCUUGAGAUACGAGUAUGACACGAGCCCAUUCGAGAACACGAUAGUCUCGGAGUGGGAUCUGGUUUGCGGCAGAAGUUGGCUCGCGAGUUUCACGCAGAUGAUGCUGCAGCUGGGAGUGUUGCUAGGCAGCAUAUUGUUUGGAUUCCUCUCAGAUAGAUAUGGCCGCAAGAACACCUUCCUCACGUCUAUAUCGUCUCUCAUCGUGCUGGGAUUCGCCAUCCCUUUUUCUCCAGACUACGUCACUUUCACGGUGCUCCGUUUCUUUCUGGGAAUGGCGACAGCGGGGACUAUGGUCGUCUCUUUCGUUCUCGUCAUGGAGACAGCCGGGCCCAAUUACAGGGAGAUACUGGGCUGCCUAUUCCAAAUACCCUUCAUCGUGGGCCACAUGACGGUCCCGCUGUUCGCCUACUUCUUCAGGAGUUGGGACACUUACAGCCUGGCGCUGGCCGUGCCGUCGCUGAUAUACCUGGGCUACUUCUUCCUGCUGAGCGAGUCGCCUAGGUGGCUGGUGAGCGUCGGCCGAGUGGAGGAGGCCACGAAGAUCGUGAAGAGAGCUUGCGAAAUGAACAAGCGACCGACGACGAAGGUGGAAGAGAGUUUGACCAAAAUGGCCCAGAGUAUGCAGACAAGCGUUGACGGCCCCAAGCUAAACUAUACGGCGCUGUUCCACAAGUCGUUACGGUUGAAGACCUUGUGCUGCUGCGCCAUGUGGAUGAUCAGCGGUUUGACCUUCUUCGGGUUCAACCAAUACAUCAGCCAGACUAGUCCAGAUCCGUUUGUAAGCGUCGCAGCAGCGGGCGCGAUCCAGAUCCCGUCGAAUCUCCUGUCGAUAUGGCUGAUAAAGAACUUCGGGAGGAAGAUCACCACCGCGUUGUUCUUCGCGCUGGGCGGCAUUUGCGUCGUGGCGUUGGGCGUGGUCCCCGACAAGUUCUGGCUCACCCUGACCCUGGGCACUCUGGGGGUCAGCUGCGCGGCGAUCGUCGCCGCGGCCAUAUACAUCUUCACGUCCGAGCUGUUCCCGACCGUGGUGAGGAACAUGGCCAUGGGCUCCAGCUCGAUGUCCAUGAGGGUAGGGUCCAUGGUGGCCCCCUUCAUAUCCAACCUGUCGCUGACCGUGCCCUGGCUGCCGACCCUGAUAUUCGGCUUUGCGCCGAUCGCCGCCGGCCUCGUAUGCCUGUUGCUCCCCGAGACCAAAGGCACAACUUUACCAGACAGCAUAGAGGACGAU